CAAAGAAGAAAGCCAAACAAACAGAAAGUAACCCUUCCACUUUAAGUGCAGGAUGUAUAUUAUGUGAGCAGUCACUUCCUACUUGAUGUUUCUAAUAACGAUCACAAGCUUGUGGGUGUGUGGAACUGGAAGUAGCAGCCCGGGAAUCAGCUGAGCCUGAUCUAGACACAGACUGCAGGCCGACCUUGGGCACAGACACCAGGCUGGGAUAUAUAAUAUGGCGUCUGGUCAAGCAGAAGAGUUCCGACCCGUGGAACUGGGAGGGCAGGAGCUCCCUAAAUCAGAUGACUCGAAGAACACUGCAAGCCAGAAGGAGCAAGCGCCGGCACCUCCUAAUAAUACUGAGCCACAUCAAUUGAAUGACUACCUUAUGAGAAAGUAUUUUGUGGCCAGGCCAGGAGCAUUUGAGCAGGCCAACGAAGACUUGACAAAUCAGAUUUUUACAAAGGAAAAUGAAACUGUGAACAGUGCCUGGCUUUUGGCAGAAGUUGAUCACUGGAACAAUGAGAAGGAGCGGCUUGUUCUCAUCACUGAUAAAAGUCUUUUCAUUUGUAAAUACGACUUUAUCAUGCUGUGCUGCCAGCAGAUUCAGAAGGUUCCUCUCAAUUACAUUGACAAAAUAUGCCUUGGACCGUUCACAUUCCCUCAGAGAUCUCUCGACAAGAGAGAAGGCGAGGGUCUUCGAGUUCAUUGGGAUAAACUGCGUGAAGCCUCUUUUGCCAAUCGCUGGAAUCCAUUUUCAGAGGCUUUACCUUACACUACUUUUAUUGAUCACCCCUUGAAAAACUGCUCAGAAAAGUUUUCUGUUAUCUGCCAGAUUUCUGGUUUUAGUGAUAGCCUGGUAAAAGCUGCACAAGAAGCUCAUAAGGAGAAUCCAGUGCCAGGCAGAGCCAAUGGAGCCAUAUUCCUCAAACAGCCAAUUGUGGUAGAAACUUAUGUGGGAUUAAUGUCGUUUAUUGGGAAUCGCAACAAACUUGGCUAUUCACUUGCCAGAGGAAGUGUUGGUUUUUGAAAUGGAUUAAUUUGUUGAAUUUGGCGAAUGUUUAUCUUUGCUACAAUUCUACAUGAUCAUAUAUGCUACUUCAUGUCAUUGUUUUGGCUUCAAUGGCUUGGUAGGUGUAGGUACAGUAUAGUUUGUUAGCAUUUCAAUAACAGAAUAAUACAUAUAUGGUUAUAUAUUACAAUCCAAGAUCCAAAUCUUCAUUUUACCUAGGCCAGUUAUGUACAUUUAUACAAACAGCUAUGUACAAUGCAAGGCAUACAUCUUGUGCAAAAAUUCUAUAUGCAAAUGCACUUGGUUAAUACACUGUUUUAAAUGUUAUCCUAUGGUAAAUUAGGCUUUCUAUAAAAUGUACCAUACAUUUUUGUACUAUUAAAAUUGGUUAUUAUUUAACAGUAA